AUGGAAAAUAAUGAUAUAUCGGCUGUCGAGAAACUACAUUAUUUAAAAAUGAGCUUGACAGGGGAGCCAUCGCAACUCUUGAAAAAUGUGACUAUCUCUAGUGAAAAUCUCAACCGCUCCUGGAAAAUGCUCAUUGCUCGCUACAAAAAUAAGCGAAUACUAAUUGAUGCUCAAUUGUCAGCGUUAUUCGCAAUUCGCAAACUUAAAACCGAGUCAUCAUCGGAACUCAAGCGACUUCUCGGCGACGUUAAGGAAAUCCUCGGUGGUCUCGAAGCUCUCGACUGUCCGGUGCGCCAGUGGGAUCAUCUUAUCGUUUUUAUGACUGUGCGCAAUCUCGAUUCCGAAUCAAUGAAGGAUUGGGAAAAAACACUCGGUGCGACAACUACCGCGCCUUCCUUCGCCGACUUAGAAACCUUUCUCGUUGGACGCGUGCAUACUCUCGAAGCUAUCGAAAGAUCCACGACCUCACGUAAACAUCCAGCGACAAAUAUGACACGACCUCAACUAAACGCAAGAUCAUACGCUACCACCACCGCCGAACAGCAGUGUGCGUUGUGCAAUUCAAGCCAUUAUAUUUCGGCGUGUCCGAAAUAUCUUGAGAAGACUCCCGCUCAACGCCGCGAGACAGUUUCAUCGAAAAACCUCUGUUAUAACUGUCUCGGUCCUCAUCAUCUGAAAAGCUGUCGUAAUGCAAAGCGCUGUCGUAUCUGUCGCAAGCAACAUCACUCAACGCUACAUCUCCCAUCAAACGAACCGGUAGCCGCAACAACAACGAUGUCGCCGAUUGCCUCAAUUCCGUCGACCUCGCACAUAGGACUCACCUCCACGCAUCUCGCGCAAGCCGACGGACAAGAAUCAACGCUUCAAGCAUGCAGUCAUGUGACACAAUCGCGUAUAAUUCGAAGUACGUCCGUACUGCUCGCGACCGCUCUCGUUACCGUCGUAUCACCAUACGGCGAACAUUAUCAAGUACGCGCGUUGCUUGAUCAAGGAUCGGAGGCAUCAUUUAUCUCCGAAUCCGUCGCACAAAUCUUAAGACUCUCACGCACUUCAGCUGCAAUUCCAAUUAUCGGGAUCGGUGCUCAGCGAUCCAGUGUCUCCAAUGGACGUGUCUCUUUUGAAAUUAUCUCACGCGUCAAUUCGGCAUUCUCUCUAAAAAUCGAAGCUCUUGUGUUGCCGAAACUCACCUCUUAUCUGCCACCUGCAGUUAUUGUGAAUGCUCAGUGGCCUCAUAUCCAUGGAUUGGCGCUUGCAGAUCCAAACUUUGCAACGCCAGGAAAAAUUGAUCUCGUUCUCGGCGCAGGUGUUUGUGCGCAAAUUCUCGAAGACGGCAUUUGCCGAGGAGCUAGCGGUACGCCAAUCGCUCAGAAAACCACUUUCGGCUGGAUACUCUUCGGACAACUCUACUCUGAGCAUGAUCGCAUCUCAACAGAACAAUCAAUUAAUGGAUUGCAUUGCUCUCUUGAUGGUGAACUCCUCGAUCUGCUCCAAAGAUUCUGGGCCCAGGAAGAAAUCACGCCUGUGCAUAACGUGACGCUCACCCCAGAAGAAUCUCAGUGUGAAGAACACUUCAAGACAACGCAUUCUCGUGACGCGCAUGGACGCUUUAUCGUUCGGUUACCGCUCCGAAAAACUGUAAGUGACUUGGGUGAUUCUCGCGCUCCAGCACUCAGGAUGCUCCGACGUAUGGAAGCGCGCUUCGAAACGCACGCUUCUCUCAAGGUAGCCUAUAAGGAGUUCCUACGUGAGUAUCUUGAACUUGGUCAUAUGCGUCUCUCAAGUUCUCAUGAUAUUUCGCGACGCGAAUUCUUCCUGCCGCAUCACGGCGUCAUUAAAGAAACAAGCUCGACCACGAAAUUACGCGUCGUGUUUAAUGGAUCGCAGAAAACAAAUCUCGGAAUAUCAUUAAACGACUGCUUGCAUAUUGGCCCGAAAUUGCAGACGGAUCUCAUUGACAUUCUCGUUCGCUGGCGUCGACAUCGCUACGUGUUCGCGACCGAUAUAGAAAAAAUGUAUCGACAAAUUCGCGUACAUCCAGACGAUUGGCCACUUCAGAAGAUUUUCUGGAGAGACUCUCCGUGUGAACGGCCGCGAGAAUAUCUCUUAUGUACCGUGACAUACGAACUAGCUUGCGCGCCAUAUCUUGCACUUCGCUGUCUGCAACAGCUCGCAACCGACAUUGAAUCCACACGCGGACUGGCUGCCGAAAUUCUACGCCGCGAUACAUACGUGGACGACAUUUUAUCCGGGUCAGAUGACAUCUCUACAACGAAAGAAAAGAUGCAGCAGCUUAAGGAUACUCUCACGGCGGGUGGCUUCAAUCCGAAGAAGUGGAUUACAAACGCUUCGGAAUUGCUCCAAGGUAUUCCCGUGUGCGAUCAGGAUCCUUCCGCGAUCCUACCCGUCGGCGACUCCACGACGCAUUAUACUCUCGGAAUUCGUUGGAGCCGAUCAAGUGACAGUUUCGUGUUUGUUGCCCCUUCGUUUCCGCGCUCAGACAAAGCGUUCACUAAACGCUCGGUACUCUCGUUUAUCGCGCGGAUUUUCGAUCCUCUCGGCUGGAUCGCACCGAUUAUAAUCACGGCCAAGCGAUUCAUGCAACAACUGUGGGCAAUACGUCUCGACUGGGAUGACGAAUUACCAUGUUCUCUCAAAUCUCAGUGGAUCGAAUUCAUGCAGCAAUUCGAACAGGUGUCGGCUAUUGUGAUUCCGUUGAGCUCUCAAACUCUCGGUGGCAUCACGUCUCAGGGAAAGAGAAUCCUGCUGACGUGGCGUUUCGCGGAACAUCGCCUCAACUUCUCCAGCAAGAUCAGUCGUGGUGGCAUGGACCUCCGUGGCUACAGCAAUUCUUGA